AUGAGUUGGAUUGACUUUGUGCUUUGGUGGGCUAAUUUUGAUAAUGGGACUAAACCUGAAACGUUGCUCAAUAGAAAUCCCAAUUAUGCAAAUUUCCUGAAAAGGAAGUCUGAUUAUGUUCAAACCCCAAUCUCCAAAGAUGGGUUGGAGUGGUUAUGGAAGAAGAUGAUUGAGCUUGGCAAAAUAGGGUUGGUGUUCAAUCCAUAUGGUGGGAAAAUGAGCCAAAUUCCGGCCUCUGAGAUGCCUUUUCCACACCGUGCAGGGAACUUGUUCAAAAUUCAGUACUCAGUGAAUUGGGAAGAUGCAGGAGAGGAUUCAGAGAAGAAUUAUCUCACACAAAGCAGGAGGCUUUACAGUUACAUGACCCCAUUUGUGUCCAAGAACCCAAGAAGUGCUUUCUUGAAUUACAGGGACCUUGACAUUGGUGUCAAUACAUUUGGUGACAAUAGCUAUGAAGAAGGGAAGAUUUAUGGAUUGAAGUACUUCAAUGACAACUUUGAUAGGUUGCUGAAGGUGAAGACUGCUGUUGAUCCAGAAAAUUUCUUCAGGAACAAGCAGAGUAUCCCUACUCUUCCAAGUAAGGCAUAG